UGGAGCCCAAAUAACCCAAGUUUCCUGUUCGAAACCAGUUGAAAAUACCUCUGUCUUGCUUUCCUGUUCGAUUUUCUUCUCUCCGGCUGCCGAUCCAAUUGACUCUUCCCCUCUCUCGUCAAAGCUGCAUGGUUUUUCUUCAUCUGUUUAAAGGUUUAAGUGGUUCGAAAUAAAAAUCAGGACUCCUGAGCUAGUUUUCAUUGCCAAUCCAAUGAAGCAUGUUCUAAAGCUUCUCUCUCUGCUGGUGGUCAUCUCCGCCCUUUGGAUCGGCCUCUUACAGGCAUCUAUAAUACCACAAAGCCACACUUGGUUGCUUCCCAUCUAUGUUAUUGUGUCACUCGGAUGCUAUGGUUUAUUCAUGGUCGGAGUUGGUCUAAUGCGGUUCCCUACUUGCCCUCAAGAAGCAUCGCUGCUGCAGCAGGACAUCGCCGAAGGCAAGGGUUUCCUGAAGCAGAAAGGGGUUGAUGUUGGUUCCAACUGAUAGUUUUUCCGAUAACAUCUCUUCUUUGACUCAAGUGAGAACAAAUUGCUGCAAGCUUUACCGAUGGACCUCUGUUUUGGACCAGAGAGAAAAGGUACAAAUUGGGAACUAACUACAAAGUUUGCAUUACUUCCGUAGAAGAAUUAUAUUGCCUGUGUCUAACAUUGAGGAGUAUAUUUGGUAAAAGAAAUGAGUUACCAUUUUUU